AUGAAUACUUUUCUGUCAUGGCAGGACCAGGUGGAAGCACUGAUAUAUGUCAACAUUGUUGUGUCUCUCAUGAUCAUCGCAUUCUUCGCCAUUGGACCGAGUAAGUCAACGAUAUAUUGAAUGUGUGUGUUCUAACAAUCUCGCUGAUUUAAAUACGGUUUCUCUAAAAGGACGCCCCAUAGAGCCCCCCGCCAGACACGCCCAUACCCAGCUUCCUGGAUAUUGCCCCAGUUAGGCGCUGUUUGGAGACUGACCUUCUUAAUGGUGCCGGUGUUUGGAACCUAAACUUGCCCCCCCCCCCCCCACAAUCUCAAUCAGGGUGUAGAUUACCGCAUUGAAGGAGGGAUUGUAUCAAUGUCUGGUUCAUGCUGGGCGCUGGGUUCAUUAGGCUGGCCAAAAAUAGACAAUCUUCGCAUGGAAUGUGUGUCAUGUUAGCAUUGGUGGCAAGCAUGAUCAAGUCAGGUUCUCAGGGUAGCAGCUAGCAAAAGCGGUGCCCGGAGAUGAGCCCAAAGUUAGACGCCAUCUUCCCAGAAACAGUAUACAUAUUUAUGACGCGUAUAUCAGUUAUAUCUUAAAUGAUCAGCUGACCAAUCCAUCGAAUGUCCUCUGUUAGUGUCUUAACUGACCAUUCUAUCGUAGGUCCUCUUUUAUUGUCUGAACUGACCAACUGAUCAUUCUAUGGUAUGUCCUCAGUUAGUGUGUUCUGGGUCAUGCUGAGUGAGCUGUUCCCCCACAGUGCCCGAGGAACUGGGUUGAACAUAGCCAUCUUGUGUACCAUGCUUGGUUUCUUCUCUCACUGUUAUAUUUUCCCGUUGUUAUUGGUAAGUACAAGUCAGUAAAGCUGGAACGGUAGGUACAUGUCGGUAAAGAUGAAAUGGUAAGUUCAUCUCGGGAACUUCUCUCUGCCUAUUCACCCUUUCGACAGCUUGGCUCCUCCGCAGACGAGCGUAUCCUUUCUGUCCCCAAGACACGCACAAAAACAUACGGUGAACGAUCGUUCUCUUUCUGUGCCCCCAAACAAUGGAAUUCUCUUCCAUUACCACAAUAUACCGACCAUCACCACCUUCAAAACUGCUGCCAAAACACAUCUCUUUAAACUCUACUCUCCUGACUGAUUCCCACCUCUGCCCGGAAAACGAUGCUGCUGGGUGCCGUCCAUAGCUUGAGAUGUCAAUCGUUUUAAAUUCAAAUUUGUUUUGUUUUAUUUAAUUAAUUUAUGUCAAUUUAUUUGCUAAAGUUUUUUUUAUUAUGUUUUUUAAAUUGUAUAUACAGCGUAGUGAGCCCAGCCCUAGGCUGGCUAUAUCAAACCACUUAUAGUAAUAAUAGCUAUGAGAUGGCAAGUACAUGCUAGUAACGAUGAGAUGGUAAGUACAUCUCAAUAACUAUGAGAUGACAAGUACCUGUCUUUUAAGAUGAAUUGGUCGUUGGAAGCUGGAGGAGCAAAGAGAACGUACAUUUGUCAACAUAAUGACAUGCAUCACUUAUGUCAUGAAAUAUAUCAUUAAAAUGCUAUUCAUCACAUAUAUCAUGACGUUAGUCACACAUCAUGCAUUGUCGCAUAUAUCAUGGCAUUUGCCAAAUUAUCAAAUUUGUCACAUAUAAAGACAUUUGUUACAUAUAUCAUGACAUUUGUCACAUACAUCAUGACAUCAUGAUGAUAUUGUUGUUUCAUUUACGGACAACCCACACCUCUUAAAUAUUUUCACAUUUUGUCCGGUUGAGCAUUGGCUUCUUGGUUUGUUUGUAAAGAUAUCACGCUCUGCUCAUCAAUUACAUUUCAAUUUUUUUCUUUCCUUUUCCCCAAUCCAGUCCAAGCUACAUUCUUACACCUUCUUCGUCUUCUGUGGCGUAGACUUACUGAUGGCGAUAUUUGUGUAUUUCUACGUACCUGAGACCAAGAAUAAAACCUUUGCGGAGAUCGCCAAGUCAUGGGCGCCAGUAAAAUCGCUUGAGAACCCACUAGCUCUGAGCACCAGCUAUAAACAUGAAACCACAUUCAGACAGAUGGACUCUACUGUUUAUAAUCAUGAACAAACAGAUGGACAGAAUACACAGUUUUAG